UGGCCUGCGUGUACGUGUACGUGUAUCGAAUGGAAAGAAUUUCUUCAACUUGUUUAAAAUCAAGAGAAUAUGAGCACAUAAUGGAUUAAGAAAUUUCUACAAUAUUGAUCAGAAUGGCAAACUCGGCUGGAUACAAGCUGCGCACAGCCGCCCAUAAACACUUGACAGACUCAGAAUGCACAACACUCAAGAUAUGUAUCCGGAGAUUCAGGGAGACCCAGUCAGUGCUUGGACUUUGCACGUCUCUCCAGAGGUUUUUGGAUACCCCAGAUAAAGUGCAUUUGAUGACUCUUAUCUUUCCAAUGAUUCCUAAGGACCUUUUAGUUGACUUUGACAACUUGUCCCGUCUGCAAUUUGAGUAUUACAGCACCCUGGUUAGACCUAAGCUUGUGGAGAAGUACAAACUAGAUGGUGCAAGGAAGACAAGUCCAAACAAAGGAUUGAGCAGAAAAUCCUCUUCACGUGUCUUAUUGCCAGUGGAACAACUGCACAACCUAGCAGAGGCCAGAGAACACACCAUGGAAACAUUCAAAGGCAGACGCAGUGAGGUUCAUCGUAAUGGAAGCCAACGGGCUGUAGAGCUGACCAGAGUAGCAAAGGAACAUAAGCGUAGCAAGACAUAUCAUGCUCCUGAACAGCCUGUUAGUGGGGAUGAAGCCAGUAGGUCAGGAUUUCGUGAACCACAGCCUCCAGUAUUCAAUACAAGCCAAACAAGUAGCGAUUCCACACCAAGAGUUAGACUAGGAGAGCUCAAGCAGGAGGCUACACCUAAAUCACUCCAGGUACGGCGAGUAACACUUGAGAGGCGAGAUGGACAAUCUUUUGGUUUCUGUAUUCGAGGUGGCAUUGAUCUUAACACUGGAAUCUUUGUCUCUGAAGUGGAUGCUGGGGGCCAAGCUGAACGAAAGGGAAUGAAAGUAGGAGAAAGAAUUCUCAAGGUGAAUAAUGUUGUAUUUAAGAGUAUCAGUCAUUCACAAGCUGUAGUAGCUAUCAAGUCUGCUCCUCGUAUUCAUGUCUACCUUGCACCACUUGGUCAAAUGCCUGGUUCUACUGGUACAACACCGAGGAUUGAUGAGAACAAAAUUGGAAGCCUUUGCAGCCAGUUGAGAUUACCAAGCACAGAUACAAUUAAUACAGAAUCUUCCAAGUCUAGGGUUCGAAAGGUCACUAUCCUGGCUGAAGAAGAUGGUUGGCUUGGUUUCAGUAUUAGAGGUGGAACAGAUCAGAAUAUGGACAUAACGGUUGCUAAUGUAGAUAGUUCAUCACCAGCUGACAGAGCAGGCCUGAAGAAGGGAGAACGCAUUUUGAAGGUGAAUGGUUCGCCAGUUGAAGGAUUAGAACACAUGCAUAUUGUCAAUCUGGUUUUGUCUGCUAGUAUUGUUGUUCUUCAUGUGAAACCUGCUCCAAGGAGAUCAUCUCAGAGUAGUGCUGUAUCAUCCAAGAUGAGGGGUCGUCAUGUGUCAUCAAGCUCAUCUACCGCAAGCAAAGGAGCAAAGCAAGACUUUGCCUCUGGAAAUGAAUUUGAUGAAUCUCUAACUCAGUCUAGUGUACGGCGAGGUCUAAGGUCACCCAUACCAGAGACAGCCCAGGAGAUUGCACAGUUUGUUGCUGAGAUGCAGUCAACCCCACCUGUAUCUACUUCGACACCUCUCCCACCUGACGAUGAUCCUAGACUUAUCAAGAAUAGGAAUCAGUAUCUGAGAGAGAUGUACAAUGGUGCUGCCACAGAUGAGGAUAGUAUCCUUCAAGGCAUGAGGGAUGAAGGUGGUGGUGGUGACCUAGAUGCUCCUCUUCAUCUCAACCUCUCCAACCUGUCUGGGAGAACACUGGAAGAAUCAUCACAUCAGAAUGCAAGAGGGAUGGAUCUAGUAGAUGGAAAUGAAGACUUUGAGAGCACUAGUCCACGGAGAGGUUCCAAGUUUGAUCAGGGCACUAUUCGCCUGAAUCUCGCUAAAGGUAGCAUGAAGGACACAAUGAAGGAAGCUAAGCUGAUCAACAUUGAUAUUGAUUUUGAAAAUGAUGUGGUUGAUAAGAAGCAGAGAAAGCAUGUAAAAGAUUUGUUUGAACAGAAGCAAGAGACCAAUCGUAACUUAAGUCCAUCUCCUAACAGGCAAGGAUCACACUGUAAACAGAUUCCAGAUGGAUAUACACCUCGUAUGAACAUUCUUAGCAGUCCCUAUACACACUUUGAUCGUGAAAAUAACAUCAAAGCUGAGUCAUUGACCCCAUCAUCUAAAGAAUUAAAAGGAGCCAUUAAAACUGCUUCAAGUCAGAUCAGUAAUGAGUUGACUGGAAAGAGUAAGGGUAUGACAACCUGCAAUGUGCCACCUUCACCUCACAAUGAAUCAAGUCCUGUGUCAAAGUUCAUCCAUAAAGUGCUUAGACGAAGAAGCAGUGGAGGAAAAGAUUUACUGAAGAAGAGUGGAACAAGUCCUUCAAACAGCAUAGGUAGAACUGAUUCUCUUCAUGGUACCCGCAGAUCUUUGAGACUUGAUAAUAUCAUACCUGAGCCAACUAUCCAAGGAAGUGCCUAUGAUUCUAUGAAAAUCCGUGGUGGUGAUUUUAGUUCUACUGAUGGAGAUUAAGAAAGUAUCUUAAUGGAUCUUAGACAAACUGGCUGAAAAUAUAUUGUUAAUUUGUUUCUCUCUAAUCAUAUCUCAAAAUCACGAAUAUCUAAAGGCGACCGCUCACCUUACGAUUGGUCUGCGACCCGAUUUCAGAAUAAAAUGUAGUAGAAUUUGAUGCUAAUAUUGAGACUUGGAAUAUCU